AUGGAUGCUGAUAGACAAGUUUGUGCCAAAAAUGCUUUGACAAUGUAUGAACAGUUAGAUACUUUAGGUUUUGUGAUAAAUAAACAAAAAUCAGUUUUAGUACCCACUCAGCGAAUUACGUACUUUGGGUAUAUACUUGAUUCUGUACUUUUUAUGGUUUUCCUUCCUGAAGAUAAGAUUUUGAAAAUUCUAAAAACUGCAGAUUAUUUGCUUAGCAAGACAAAGAUUAAGAUCAGGGACUUAUCUGCAUUCAUCGGUUUGUUGAUCAAUGCUUUCCAUGCUGUAUUAGAGGCUCCAUUACAUUAUAGAACAUUAGAAAGGUUCAAGGUCAGAGCCUUGAAGAUUUCACCUGAUUUUGAUUCUCUGGUAGAGCUUGGUAAAAAUGAAAAGCAGGAAAUUCUUUGGUGGAAACAGAAUAUCCAUGCUAAGAAUGGGAAGAAAAUUAGGCAAAAGCCUGUUUCACUCUGGAUUCUGUCUGAUGCAUCUAACAUAGGUUUUGGUUCAUCAUGCUUACAAAAAGAGGGUAAAACAGGUGGUAGGUGGACCACCUAUGAGGCACAGAAUCACAUUAACUAUCUCGAGUUGCUUGCAAUAUUCUUUGCAUUGAAAUCCUGGGCUGUGGAUCAGAACCAUGUUCAUAUUGGAGUGCAGUCAGAUUCCACAACUGCAAUUGCAUACAUAAAUAAUUUAGGUGGCAUGCAAAAUAAAGCUAUGGAUAUGUUAGCAAAGGAAAUCUGGCAAUGGUGUAUAUCAAGAAAUUUGUUUGUUACUGCUUAUCAUUUGCCAGGGUGUGAAAACGUUGAAGCAGAUUAUAUGUCAAGAAACUUCUCAGACACCACAGAGUGGAUGUUAAAAAGGCAAAUAUACUCGAGACUCACCUCACAAUUGUUCAUGCCUAAUAUAGAUUUAUUCGCAUCAAGACUGAAUGCUCAGAUAGAAAAGUAUGUUUCUUGGACACCAGAUCCAAAUGCUCUAUGCUCAAAUGCAUUUAGUCUUGAUUGGUCAGUCUUUAAACCAUAUGUGUUUCCACCAUUCAGGUUACUUGGCAAAGUUUUAAACAAAAUAAGAGAAGACCAUGUUGACAAAGUCCUCAUUAUAGGUCCAUAUUGGACUAAUCAAACAUGGUUUCCGUUGUUAUUACAUUGUUUGAUUUCUGUACCCAUCAGGCUGCCGAGACACCGAGACAUCGUGACAUUACCACACAACGGGGCACACCAUCCAAUGGGCAAGAAUUUACAGCUAUUUGGGGCAAUUGUGUCAGGAAAUCCCUUAAGGAUCGAGGAGUCCCAGCAGAUGCUGCAGAAACAGUCAUUAACAGUUGGCGUAUCGGUACCAGAAAACAGUAUACAGGGGCUUGGAAGAAAUGGACAUUUUGGUGUUGUAUUCGGAACUGUGAUCCCGUUCAACCAUCUGAAGAAAUGA